CCAAUUGUUCUUAACAGACUGGUGUUAGGACCCAGGGAGGAGACAGCAGCACCAAGAUAUAAAUAGAGAAACAGAAUGGGACAAAGUUUGAGGAGAGAGCAUGACAUCACUCAGACUUUUCUCUCCACCAACGAGAGCUGGGAUGGAGGUGCAAACUUGAGCCAGCCAGGGAAGGACUUAGGAAAUCGCGGGGCAACUCCGUGAAAAAGUUAUCCGCAGAGGUUGCUCUUCCCCCUGUUCCCCCCUUUUGAAAGAAUAACUCCGAGCCGCAGCUGGAGAGACUGGGAGCUCCUGAACGCUACUGGGAAGCCCAGAGACCACAUGCUUAAUGACAGAGAUCUCUCGUUGGCUCGGACCUCGGCGAGAUUUUUGGGAUUGUUUCUGGGGAACUGCGCGUUUUGGAAUUGGACUGAGUCUUCCCACAUUCCUCAGCUGGUCUAGUCAUGGUAAAGCGUUUGUAUCGAUUCCUGAAAGUUGUUGAGUUUUGAAAGUCCUCAUCCAUGCCUCCGGACAACCGGCGGGAACUGGGAGAACCGUGGAAAUGACUUUUCUGAACCUGUAUGAGUUAUGAAGAUGCCCUUUUCACAAGGAAGUGAGAAUUAACUUAAAAAAAAAAAGAAAGAAACACACUUUGGCUCCUGUAAUCACCUCCCCAGAAUCUGGCUUGCCUCACUUUUCUUUUUCUUUUUCACUUUGGGAAGACUCACCAUGAGGAAGCUGCUAUCUUUCUGCUGUUGGUAUUCGUGGAUGCUUUUCUGGUUUUCUGAGAAGCAGGUAUCUGCCAAUUAUCCCCAAGCACAAGGACAUCCAGGAUUCGACGUGCUAGCAUCCGCUUCUCAUUACUGGCCACUGGACACCGUGGAUGGAAUUCAUGAGCUUCAGGAUACAACAGGAGACAUUGUAGAAGGGAAAGUCAGUAAAGGUAUUUACCUCCGAGAGAAGAAAGGAGUGACAUUACUGUAUUUUGGAAGCUACAAAGCCUCCUGCAUUAGUAACCCAGCACAGUGUGGUCCUGAAGGUGUCACAUUUUCAUUUUUCUGGAAGAUCCAGGGAGAGCAGCCCAGGACAGCCCUUCCAGCCUAUGGUGGGCAGGUUAUUUCCAGUGGAUUUAAGAUCUGCUCCAGUGAUGGCAAAGGCUCUGUGGAAUUUUACACCCGUGAGAAUUCUAUGAAGUGGGAGGCCAGCUUCAGCCCACCAGGUCCCUAUUGGACUCAUGUCCUGUUCACAUGGAAAUCCAAGGAGGGCCUGAAAGUCUACGUCAAUGGGACUCUGAACACCACAGAUCCAAGUGGGAAAGUGUCUCACGCCUAUGGGGAGCCCAACGUCAACCUGGUGAUUGGCUCUGACAGAGACCAGCCCAAGAACUAUGAGAAUGGAGCUUUUGAUGAGUUCAUUAUCUGGGAGCGAGCUCUGACACCCAGUGAAAUCAGGAUGUAUUUUACAGCUGCCAUUGCCAGCAGAGCAGGCUGGGGUGGAGGUCAGUACAUUCUUUCAGGAUGUAUUCAGGGCAUCAUGGGACGAGGGGCUGCAGGAGCUGGCAAGGUCUCCACUGAUGUCUAUUGUCCCAUCAUAAAUAACCUAACUGAACAAAGAGGUCAUUCUGAACAUGCAGAAAACAUGUUGAGCUACCUUCAAAACAUGUCAGUCAGCUUACCCAAUGAGUCUCUCUCAGAGGACACUGCCUUCAAUUUCACUGAGAUUUUCUUAGAAAGUGUGGGAGAGGUGCUUCAACUCCCAAGUUGGACAGAAGUACAUGAGCAAUCGACUGCGAUAACAGGUUUGACCGACACCAUUGACAAAGUUCUGUGGCAUAUAGCUUACAAUCUGCAAACAUACAAAAUGGCCAUUACCAUCCAGGGCUCAUCUUCAGUAGCAGAGUAUUCUCUGGCCAAAGUGCCCCCAGAGACGGUGACAGCUCACCACUACCGAUUUCCCACCCAGGGACAGAGCUAUAUUGAAAUUCCUCGGGAGGCCUUCAGUAGCAAAGCUUGGACUACCAUUGUUGGACUCCUCUACCACACGAUGCACCAUUUUUUCAACAAUAUCCAGCCUAAGAACACAAAGAUUAUUGAGGCAGCCAACUACAAAAGCCACUUGAUAUCAGCUACCAGUUACCUUAUUUCUCUGAAAGUAGAACCACCACCAAUGCUAUCCCAGAACCUGUCAGGAUCACCUUUGAUCACUAUCCGGCUCACACACACCCUGAGUCAGGAGCUAUACAAUGAUGCUGCAAAUAAAAGCAACCAGAUUUUCCUUUACUGUGCAUUUUUGGACUUCAGCUCUGGAGAAGGCAUCUGGUCAAACCAAGGCUGUGUCCUCAUAGAAGGGAACCUCAACUACUCCAUCUGCCAUUGUAAUCACCUCACUAACUUUGCUAUUCUGAUGCAAGUGGUACCCUUGGAGCUGACCCCAGGACACCAGGUGGCGCUCUCAUCCAUCAGUUAUGUCGGCUGCUCCUUCUCCAUCUUCUGCCUGACCAUCACCCUGGUCACGUUCGCUAUGCUGUCCUCAGUCAGUACCAUCCGAAACCAGCGCUACCAUAUCCAUGCCAACUUAUCCUUUGCCAUUCUGGUGGCCCAGAUCUUACUUCUCAUCAGUUUCCGAUUUGAGCCAGGAACAAUUCCUUGCAAAGUCCUAGCAGUUCUCCUUCAUUUCUUCUUCUUGAGUGCCUUCGCUUGGAUGCUGGUGGAAGGCUUGCAUCUUUACAGCAUGGUGAUCAAGGUCUUUGGCUCAGAAGAAAGCAAGCAUCUCUACUACUACGCCAUUGGCUGGGGCUCUCCACUUGUGAUCUGCAUCAUUUCUGCAUCUUCCAGCAUGGACAACUACGGAGAAAAACUCAAUUGCUGGUUGUCCUUGGGGAAUGGAGCCAUCUGGGCCUUUGUGGCCCCCGCCCUGUUUGUCAUCAUGGUCAACAUCGGCAUCCUCAUCGCUGUGACCAGAGUGAUCUCCAGGAUCAGCGCCGAGAACUACAAGGUCCACGGAGAGGCAAAUGGCUUUAAGCUGACAGCCAAAGCAGUAGCUGUCCUCCUGCCCAUCCUGGGCAGUUCCUGGAUUUUUGGUGUGCUUGCUGUGAAUGACCACGCCAUCGUGUUCCAGUACAUGUUUGCGAUAUUUAACUCCUUGCAGGGAUUUUUCAUCUUUCUCUUUCACUGUCUCCUGAAUUCUGAGGUGAGAGCUGCCUUUAAGCAUAAAACCAAAGUCUGGUCCCUCACCAGCAGUUCCAUUCGCAACAUCAAUGUGAAGCCCUUCCACUCUGACAUUAUGAAUGGAACCCGGCCCGGAACCACUCCCACCAAACUCAAUACUUGGGACAAGAGCACCAACUCGGCCAAUCGGAUCGACUUGUCGGCGGUGUGACCCAGGGACCGCUUCUCUUCCCUCCGGAAAGCCAGCCGCAUCUUUGGAGCUCAGCUAUUCUCACCAAUAUUGCUAGUAGGGUCCUCUCUCCUCAUCGCUGCCUGGGAAAUGGAACCCGGCCAACUCGCUGGCCAGCCCCAGCUGUCCUCUUACAUCCCCUGUCUUGUGUGUAAUGGAACUCGCCCCCGGCCCUCAGCAGUCGCUCUUGCCCGGGUGCCCGCUGGAGAGCUCGUUCAGCGAUGAGGAGAACAGAAGAUCAAAAGAAAAAAAACCCAGACCAGGCAGCCGGGCUCCCCAAGCACGCCUCCGGAAGGACGGGCUUCCCCUCCAAAAAGCAAAGAAUGAAGAUCAAAUAGUCCCUGUGGAGAGUCUGACGUCGACGUUCUCUCACGUCCCUCGGCGUCCUCCAUUUGGCGCCCGAGGAGGAGUCCACACAGGCUGGCGAAGAACACACAGACUUGAGGACCCAGGCAAGGAAGGCCAACGCUCUGAGUACACGGAGACGUGGUGCGGGAGACAACUCUGCUCUGCCUUCCUCACUGUGCCGAAGUCUCGAUCCCAAGGAACAGGAACGUGGCUGUGGUCACGCUAUGGAGAGGUGCCCGGCAGGCGAGUAGACGGUGUGUGCGCAGUUGUCUGUGUGGUUGGCAGGCGCACGCGCACACACAUUCACGCCAAUGGCAUUUAUACAAACCUGGUCAUGUUCCCCUCAAAGCGGUGCCAAAUUCAAGCCUGUCCCAGGCGUCAGAAGGGCGUCCCCAGCCUCAAUAGCAGCCCCUGCAUCUCCUUGGAUACUCUUCCUUCUUUCACUCAUCUGAUGGCCCCCAAGUCCGCCUCGAGUUCUGCCUCUCCCGACCUUCCCGUGCUAACUCUCUUAGGCCAGGAGAUUAAGGGCUGUGGGAGGUCAGGAACUGUUUCACUUUGGUCCGUGUGUCCUUCGGUGCCCAGGACAGUGCCUGGCUCCUAGAAGGCUCUGAGUUCAUGCCUGUUCCCUUGCCUGGCCCCAUAGACCUCGGGGCUGGUGAGUGCUCCGUGUGGCCUGAAUAAGGACACCCAAAUCUAAAAUAACCCAGGAGGAAAUGAGGGAGAGGAGAUCCCAUCACGCCUUUGUGCCAUCCUAUGCUUGUACUCGGGGAUGCCUCUGGAGUCCUUGGAAAUUCACCUCUGCUUCCUCUGGUGGUGGCUUCUUCUAGCAUUCCCCGGGGGUGUCUGCCGCGACACCCUUCCCUAGAAGUUGUACUGCUACAUAUUCUGACAUUCCCCGUCCCAAAGUUCACCUCCCCCAGACACCACCAAGGGGGUCUUUCACCCCCUUAUUCAGAACUUUGGGGCGGCAGCAUAGGAAACCCCGAUCAUGAGCAGAGCUUUCAGGGCGCUCUAAGUUACCAUUCAGUGACCUAGAUGAGGACUGAACUUGGAGGGAGGAGAGCCCUGCAUUCCGGUCCUGUAGCACAUUCACUGCCUAUCUUAGAGCUUUGGUCUCCUAAUCAGAUGGGAGCAUAGAAUGGAAACACCCCCCAGUUCAGCAGCCUGAAGAAAGACAUCUGACCUCUGGGUAAGGGAGGCGGGCUCCAACCCCACCUCUGAAUUUUACUGUCUGUGUGUUCUUGGGUAAGUCACAAUGCCCACUCUAGCCUCAGUUUCCUCCUCUACAGAAUGGGGAUAGCUCUCCUGGCAUGUUUAUCUAGGAGGUGUAGAGUGCCCUGCAAGCCUGCUCACCUCGAAGGGCUCUUCAAAUUUCAGCUACUGUCAUAAUGGAUGCCAACGUCUCCCUCUCACGGAACAGGGAAUCCGUGGGAAGUCGAGUUUUUAUACUGUUCUUCCUUCUCAUUUGGCCGAUAGGACUAGAGAAGGGGGGCAGUGAUGCCUGUGACGUGGGCAGGGCUGCCACUUCUGCUGUGGACACGAGUGGGCUGGCUUGGGCUCCAUCCUUUUGGAAAUAGCAAUCGUUGUUACCACUAUGUCUAUGCUAUUGGCCCUUAUGGAAAACAGGGGCUUUGCCAGCUGAGUGUGAUCCAUUGGGAAAUGACGCUGUGAGGAUGGAGCUCUGAAUGGUUGUGAAGCGUGUGGGCGAGAUAUUGAAACCUAUUUUUGAUACUAGAAGAUGCUUUUUUAAAAACUGUGACCUGGGAUGGAGAUUGAAGCCUCCCGUUUCCUCUCUUUGCUGUGUGACAAAACAAGUGACGUGGGGCUGAGUGAAUGAGUCCGCAUCCAUAAGUUAUUAUCCGUCCUAGAUUUUUGUUUUCAGACGCUCUGCUCUUUCUCCCUGGCUGUAUGCAAAGGCUACAGAGGGGACCCCUCAACCAGGCGGCCAGGGCCCGGCCGAUAUACCUGAAGGACUUGUCAUUCUGUCGGUGCGGCUGUCUCUCCUCACGGAGGCAUAGCACAGCCAGCUGGGACUGACUAGCCGGGCUCUGAGUGUCGCUAUGAUUUUUAAACAUGGGUCACCUUGGCCUCCGCCUUGGGGGUCAGUGACUGCUUCAGUGGAUCUCUGCUCCCAGCCAUAUGGACCCCCAUCCUUUCAAGAAGAGAAUUGGAACCCUUCCGUACCUGGGCAACUCUUGACCAGAAUCUCCAGAAAUUAGCUGACUGUGGGGACCCAGUGUACCCAAGGCUAACAGCCUUCCUCCCCUGGAUGUGACUCGGACAACAACGGAAUGCCCAGGAGAUUCUGUCGCUGCAUCCCACUCUUAGACAAACGUUACCUAUCAUUAAGGGUCAAAUCAUUUUCUACCCAGGGAUGGAUAGUAUUUGUUUUAAUGUAGCUCCCAAAUGCAUACUCAAUAAAUGAUGAAGAUAGGAUUGAUUCUACUUUUUGAUGUGAUGGAUGAAUUAAACAGAGGGACAAAGUGUUUCCUGUGCAUGCUGAGACUUCAUUGAUAUAUUCUCCCAAGGUUUCUUCCGGCAUUUCCCUUUCCUCAUUCAAUGAUUCAGUGAAAUAGAUUUUCUGCAAUCUGUACCCCAUGUUUUUGUCCUAUUGCUUGAGAUUGGAAUGACUUGUAAAAAAAUAUCAUAUCCUCAUUUUGUGUGUGAAUGAACCUAGGAGUUAGAACACUGUAUUAUUAUGACUUUGGGAGUUGGAGUUUUUGCUUCUUUAGUUUCUGAUUAACUGAAAGAUACUAAGGAUAUGAUCUUGCCUCAUCCUGAUUCUAUUUCUUUGGUCUAAGCCUUAUUUUGUGUUUUCAUCGAGUCUGACUGAUGGACUCAGAAAUUAUCAGUUCAGAUUUUCUAAACCUUUCUUAAGAAUUAAAAAUAGUGCCUCUUAUUUAUGGGCUUGUAUAUUUUAGCUGCUGCUAUAUUUCAUCAGUGAAACAUAAUUUGGCCAAAGAUGAAAUUGUAAUCGAAGGAAUUGUGACUUCGUAAUAGAUUGCAUCACAUAAAUGAUAAUAAAUGCCAGUAAUGAAUAAAAUUAUGCGGUUUUCUCAAAAUAAAAAUAAGUCUUCCGUUUCCUGUUAAUAAUUUGUAAAUUUUUUUAAUCCAACUUGAGAAUCAUAAGUCUCUCCAGAAAUCCUAAGACUAGCGAUUGAUUGAGUGACCAAAUGAAAGUAUUAAUUAGGCAGGUACUGCACGUGAGGGGCUAUUUUAGCCUCUAGGAACACAAAUACAAAAGACUGCCUUUGCCCUCAAGGAGCUUACAUUCAAAUAGGAAAAAGAUCACACAUAGAGAGGGGGAACAUAAUGUCUCAACUAUGAUGUUAGAAUUGCAGUCAAGAGUGAGGCAGUUAAGGAAUGUAUAAUUGGAAAUCUUGUGCCUUUGAACUACAUUUCCCAGGAGCCCACUGACUUCCUGUUGUUAUGUGCUGACCUAGCUGGGGAGAUAUAUUGGGUGGGGUUCCUGGUCUCAGCCUCUUUGCUUCCUGUAGGUAAUGUGGUGGAGUGAGGUUUUUGAACAGGUAGAUUAGCCAUGGCACAUGGUUUUAUUUUGUUGCCUUUUUAUUUUGUUACUUCUAGUGAUCAUUAAUAUAUCUUAUAAAAUAUAAUAUUUGAAAUUAUUUGAGAUUAAUUUCAAUUUUUACAGGAGGACAGUGGAUAGAGCACCAAGCCUGGAGUCCAGAAGGACCUUGGUUCCAAUCUAGCCUGAGACAUUUCCUACCUUCUCUGUAGCUCUUUCCAUGUCUGUAAAAUAAUGGGAUUGGAUGUAAUGGCCUCUAAUAUGCCUUACAGAUCUAGAUCCAUUAUUCUGUAACCAGAAAUGUUAGGCCAUUGUUGAAUCAUUGGACAGUUUAUUGUCCCUUUCCAUUGGAAGUAUUUAUUUGAUUACUGUGUCUGAAUAAAGAGGUAGAAAACAUGUGGGGUGGCCUUGCAGAGGAUGCAGGUGGUGACAGAAGGUAAAAGGUUUGGGGAUGGGAAGGGAAUAAGUAUGUAUAAGGCCCCUCUCAUGUGUCAAGCAUGCUGCUAAGCACUUUACAAAUAUUAUUUCAUUUGAUGCUCAUAAUAGCCCUUUGAGGGAAGCAUUAUUAUAAUUUCCAUCUUACAAAUGGGGAAAAUGAGGCAGAGAGGGGUGAAGUGCGUUACGCAGGGUUGAAUAUCUCAUAAGUAUUUAAGACUGGAUUUGAACUGAGAUCUUCCUGACUCUAGGCUGAGUGCUGUAUGAUAUUCCACCAGCUGUCUCUAAGUAGGGUGGAUGUGAAAUAUGAUUUGGGGCUGACUAAAUGGGGGUUAGAUAGUCAUUUGUGAAACAGACACACAUACACAAUCUUUUAUUGUGUCCCAACUAACCCAAUAGAAUGUACAUUCUUUAGAGUUAGGAACUUUUAUUUAGGUCUCUUUAUUUCUAGAAAAUAGCACAGUGCCUAGCAUAUAAUUUUGUUUGAUUGUUUUGGUCAUGCCUAGCUCUUCGUGACCCCAAUUUGGGUUUUCUUGGCAUUGAUAUUAAAGUGGCUGGCCAUUUCCUUCUUCAGUUCAUUUCACAGAUCAGGAAACAGAGACAAACAAGGUUAAAUGACUUUGCCAGGGUCACAGAGAUAGUACCUGCUUGAGGUCAGAUUUGAACUGAGGUCUUCCUGACUCCAGACCCAGUGCUCUAUCCAUUGAGCCACCUAAUUGCCCAACAUUUCAGUACUGAGGUGGAAAAAAUGUCUCUGCUCUUUAAGGUUGUCUUUCAUCUCUAAGUGCUAUCUGAUUUGUUCUUCUCAAUCUUUUAGGAGUAAUGAAAGAAAUUUGCCAAGAGGCAGAUUUAGUCAAAAUCAUUUGGAAAAAGUUUCUAUGAAUAAGUAUUAUAGAGUAGGACACGGGGAAAGAGAUCAGGUUUUAGAAAUAGAGGAUCUGGGUUUGAAUCUAGUCUUUGCCAUUUACUACUUGUGUCACAUAUGACAGGUAAUCUGUCUCUGGGUCUCUGUUUCCUCAUCUGUAAAAAGAGGAAUAUUUAAUUGCAUGGCUUCAAAGGUCUUUUCCAGCUCUAAAGCUAUGAUCUUAAAUCAUAAGUCACGCAUACUGUGAAAUUAGCAUCUGUUACCCUAAAAACUGUGAGCCCCAGCAAAAACUACAAUUCCCAGAACCCCACUCACUUCCUGUCAUUACAUGCUGACCUAGACAGGAUAUAAAUUGGGUGGAAUUCUGAGUCUAGCUCUCUUUUCCUUCCUGUUGGCAGUUUUGGUGGAGCGGGCAUUUUUAGCAGGUAGAAAAACUUAGUCAUGUGGUUCUGUUUUGUCAGAUAAUAAACUUUAAAACCUAAUACUUGAAGUAUUGGAUAUUAAUUUAACUCUUACAAUACUAUGGUUGUAUGAAAUUGAAUGGGCUUUCUCAGGAGAAAGUGGGUUUCCUCUUCCUGGAAGUCAUCAAAGCAAAGCAAGCUGACCUCUUGCUAAUUAUAUUGUAGAAUGGAUUCUUCAGAUACUGACUGGAUCUUUGAAGUCCCCUCCAAUCUUGACAUUCCAUGUUACUAUAGUCAAUCUCUCCAAGGUGGUUAGGAUUGAAUGACCAAAUCCAGUGCCCUAUCCUCAAUCCUCAUCUUCCUCCCCUCUAAGCAACACUGUUGACCACCAUUCUUUCUGGAUCUCUUCUCCUCUGUAGGUAUCUGGAACAUUUCUUUUCCAUGUUUAAGAAGACAUUUGGUAUGUUUAAUCUGUAAUAUAUAUGGACUAUUAUAGAUGAUGCAUCACAGAAUCAUUAAUUUUAGAUUUGGAAGAAAAUCAGUGACCUUGCUAUCCAAUGGAUGCCCUAUGAACCACUAUCACAUACCCAUUUAGUGACCCUACCACCUCUGCUUAAAGUAUAUAAAUAUAGAUGGAUAGAUAGAAGAUAGAUAGAUGGAUGGAUAGAUAGACAGAUGAGAUACAUAGAUGGAUGGAUGGAUGGAUAGACAGAUGAGAUAGAUAGAUAGAUAGAUAGACAGACAGACAGAUAGACAGAUGGAUGAGAUACAUAGACAGACAGACAGACAGACAUGAGAUAGAUAGAUACAUACAUAGGUAAAUAGGAGAGAGAGAGAAAGAGAGAGAGAGGUGAUGGUGGUGAGUUCACAACUUUUUGAAGCAGACCAUUCCACUGGGAUAGCUCUAAUUUUCAGGUGUUUUUUUAUUUUUCUUGUCCCACCAUCAAAUUUAAAUGUGCUUCUUUAAAGUUUCUACAAGUCUCUCCUGGUUCUGGUUUCUGAUGCAAGCAGGAAAAGUCCCUUCCUUCUUCCAGAUGGCAGCUCUUCAAAUAUAAAUUCAUACUCAGCCAAGAUGACACAAGCUUCAUUGCAUUCCCUCCAAGUGUUAGGCAAAAUUAAAGUAUGUUUCUUUUCAAAAGAGAAUUCAUAAUAAUUCUGACUGCUACUCCCUGGUUGCCUCUGGCUCCUUUCCUUCCUCCCACUCGUUAAAUGUGGAUGGCCCUAGGGGUGUGCAGGUAAAUGUUUAACAAUCAGUUCUCCAAAAAACAGGACAUACACUCUAGUUUAUUCUGCAUUAUUAACACAUUCUCUAUCUCUUAAGUUUGCAUGAUCAACAAAACAAGCCCUGGUUUGUAGCAUUUGCUGAUUUAGGGCUCCCACUGAAAAUAUAGCAAAGGCUCUCCGAGACAAUAUGGCCUGACUUCAUCACAUGCUUGGAUGUCUCCAAGCUUCUCUCUUCACCUUUGUACCUUCUUUCUUUUGUCACCGUGUGUGUGUGUGUGUGUGUGUGUGUGUGUGUGUGUGUGUGUGUAUGUGUUUUCAUGUAAUGCUGUGGCUUCAAUAAUCAAUUCUCUGACUAGCUAUAUAGGCACACUUUCCCCACCUAAUACUUACAAAGUUGAUUCUUUUUGACCUGAUUAUACUUAGCUUUAAAUUUUUUUCUUAUUGGAGAAUGGUAUACACAAUAACAACAAUAAUGUAUGAUGAUCAACUAUGAAGGACUUAAGUAUUAUCAACAAGGCAAAGAUACAGGAUAAUUCUAAGGGUCCUAUGAGAAAAAGAGAUCUCCACAGCCAUAGAAGGAAAGGAGAGAGUCUGAAAGUAGAUUAAAACAUGCCAUUCUUACUUUAUUUCCUCCACAAAUUCUUCUUUGGUGUAAGCAAUAUGUCUGGUUUCAUAGUAUGAUGAACAUAGAAAUAUGUAUUAUAUGAUAAUAUAUGUAUGACCUAUAUCUCUGCCUUCUUGGGGAGGGGGAAGGGUGGGACACAGAGAGAGAACAUGGAUUGCAAAAUGUCAGAAAAUGAAUAUUAAGAAUUGUAUUGACAUGUUAUCUGGAAAAUAAAUCAUUUUAAACAAAUUA